GGGGAAGCGGGGCCGCGCGUGGCUAGCAACGCAGCCGCCCCGCUUUCCCUCCCGCCGCGGAACGGGGAGCCCCUAUCAGGAGGCGGGUGGGAGGAGCCAGCCAGCUGAGCGGAGCGAGCACCCGGGCGGGCAUGUGAGCUGCCGGAGUCCGCAUCCCUGGAGCAGCAGCCGCAGCAAGGAGAGCGCGACAUUCCCCGCUUCUCUCGGCCGAAGGAGGAGGCGGCAACAAGGGGCGGGCAGGGUCGCCCGGCGUUGCCUUUGUGGCAGGCGGCAGCCAGAGACGCCACCCCACCUUGAGCAGCGCCGCGGCGCUUGUUUCAGCACCGAGGAGGAGAUGAAGCGGCGCCCGGAGCAAGAGGCUCCAUCGCCCGGACCGCGGAUCGGAGGCGGGUGCCGCUGAGCUCGCCACCGCUCAGCUGCUUCUCUGGAGGCACUUGGAGGAUGCAUCAAUUAAAACUUUGUCUCAGUUACUUGUGGGAUAUAAGCUUAUGACCAACCAACAGAAAACAGAGUUUCUACUCGCCAAUUAUAACAGAGAUAAUAGAAAAAGUGACCUCUUCUGCCUUCACAGCACUGAAACCACAUCAAAAUUACUUCAAUACGCAUGAUAAAUCAGAAUCAGAACUCUGUGUGAUCUUGCUGUACAGUCAGCGUGAUGACGGCCAUCCUAGAACGGAUCAGCACAUUGUCCAUCAGUGGGCAACAACUCCGCCGGCUUCCUCAGCUCUUGGAAGAAGGCUUCCCCAAGAUGCCCUGCACUGUCAAAGAAUCUGAUGUGCCCCAGCUGUUCCGGGAGCCAUAUAUCCAAGCUGGGUAUCGCCCCACAGGUCAGGAUUGGCGCUACUAUUUCCUCAGCCUCUUCCAGAAACACAACGAGGUUGUUAAUGUCUGGAGCCACCUCCUGGCAGCCUUGGCUGUGCUGCUAAGGUUUAAUGCUUUUGCUGAAGCAGAGGAGUUGUCUUUGGAAGUCCAUUCUUUGCCUCUCUUCAUCUUCGUCCUCUCCUCUGUAACGUAUCUAAUAUGCAGCCUCUUGGCUCAUCUCUUGCAGUCCAAGUCAGAGCUGUCCCACUAUACCUUCUAUUUUGUGGACUAUGUUGGGGUCAGCAUAUACCAAUAUGGAAGUGCCCUGGCCCAUUUCUACUACAGUUCGGACCAAGCCUGGUAUGACAAGUUCUGGCUUUUUUUCCUGCCAGCAGCUGCCUUUUGUGGAUGGCUCUCCUGCGCUGGCUGCUGCUAUGCCAAGUACCGUUACCGGCGCCCUUACCCCAUCAUGAGGAAAAUGUGUCAGGUGAUCCCAGCAGGGCUGGCAUUCAUCUUGGACAUCAGUCCUGUGGCGCACCGUGUGUUUAUGUGCCAUCUUGAAGGCUGUGAGGAGACGGCUGCUUGGUACCACACCUUCCAGAUACUUUUCUUUCUGGUCAGUGCUUAUUUUUUCUCUUGCCCAGUUCCAGAGAAAUAUUUCCCGGGCUCCUGUGAUAUCGUUGGCCAUGCCCACCAAAUUUUCCACACCUUCCUAGCUAUCUGCACGCUGUCGCAACUGGAGGCCAUCUUCUUGGAUUAUAAGAACAGACAAGAUGUUUUCCUCAGGCGACAUGGCCCCUUCUCCAUCAUCCUGUCUUGUGGCUCAUUUUUUGGCUUAGUGGCUUGUAGUGCUGUCACCGCACACCUUUUGCAGCGUAAGAUCAAGGCAGAGCUGGCUGUAAAGGAAUCCUGAGAAACUGUCAUGACAUGGGGAUGAGUUUGAGUCCCAAUCUGCUUGAAGAAAACCAGCAAUGGAAAUGUCUAAAUACUGUAUAUACAGAAACUAACAACAUGGUUUGCCUCUAUAAAUUAUAACAAAGGAAGCAAUUGCAGGCUGGAACUACUUUUUAUUUUUUUUUAAAAAGCUGCCUUAUGUAUUAAUUUUUUAAAAUUAGUGUGUCUACCUAUUGCUGAGCAAGGGGUAUUAAGGACACCUAACUGAAGAUUUUGUGUUAGGCAGAUUUUUCUAGAUAGUCUUGCUAUGAGUUCCAGCAGGUAACUCAAAUGUGAAAAAGAAAAAGGGACUGAAGGAUAUCUGAAGGGGCAAGGGAAGGACCACACAACCACUCAUUUACAAAGGUCUAGUUCUCAAUGCGACUAUAAAUCUGUGUCUGUUGUACCACUUCAGAUAGUUGGAGGAGAAUUUAAUAAGUUUGAGUCACCACCUGCAGUCUGAAAUAGUAUGGCUUGGAUAUAGGCUUAUCAUCUCACUGAGAACUAGGUCAAAGACUUAGAAAAUACAGUGAGAGAUGAGCCAAUUAGGUCUGUUCCAUUUUAGCUGCCUGUGGCCUUGACUGUAGUCAGUUUGCAAUGCAGCAGCAGGCUUAAAUCUACUCCUAAAUUGUGAAUUUCAAGAUAAAUAUUUUAUGUCAUUUUAUGUGUGGAUGGUAUAAGUAUGAAUAAUGUUUGGUCUCGGUGGUCUGUUUACCACUCUGAUUUAGAUAUUUGUGAAUCUAUAUCUCUGCAGCUCUUCUGCAGGGGAGAGCAAGCCGUUCAAAGUGUCACAGUGUUGCAUUUUCCUUCAGAUAAAAUGUAUUGUGCUACUAGAUCCAAAUAAGAGUCUUCCUUUACUAUGGGACUCUAAUUGCUUAAACAUAGUCAGAAAAUGACACCCCUUCCAAAGCCCUCCGCCCACCACCACCAGAUGCAUCUUCCCCUUCCAGUUAUACAUCACUUACUGGCAUUUCCCUUCCCUGCCCAGUGCUUUCUGAAAUAGUUUGACGGGUAGAGGAAGGGCAUGGGCAAUUUCAGAAAUAAGGGAAUGCUACCUUUCCUCCUUGGUCAUGUAAUCCAUUGUGUCUUUCAAAUUUUCUUCCAUUUUCGAGAUGUUUCAGGUAGCACAGUAGCUUCUUUGUGUAUUAAGGUGUAUAUUGGGAUAUAGAAAGGAAGAGAGCCAAUUAAUGCAGGGAAGAGAAGACAUUUUCAGCAGAAAACCUGCAAGGGGGAGCGAGUGAUUGGUGAACAGGCCACCGCACAGGUGCUUGGCCAGCCACCUAGCAUUCAGAAUGACUACUGGGAAGACUAGUGCCAACCAGGGAUUUAUAACCAUAAACUUGCCCACUGCGCCAUUACGCAGGUUUUCUUUAUUCUUCACCCUUAUUGUUUUUCUCAUUCCUUUUAUCUGAUUCAAAAGGUCCGUAAUUGUUGUCUCUUUAGGCAAGUAUCUCCAGAUCAUUCUUCUUCCAUGUGACAUCUAGGAUGAAGAACGGCUAGGAUGAUUUUGGGUUAGUUUGGAUGAUACAUCUUCUGGAUGAUACAUCAGUGUGUUGAGGGAGAACUCUGGAUGUUCACAUCUCCUAUCCAGAACACCAUCUCACUGCCUCUUAAUCAUUUGGGAGAUAGUUCAGACCCACCCAUCACACAUUAAGACCUAUUAAGUUGCUGUGAGCUAGCACAGUGGAUGUGAAGGACGACAUGCAUGCCAUGCCGCCUUCCCCAUGUGUUUGAGAAGCCUGGCAGAUGUAUUGUCUGAGUUAUCCCACUGACAGGGCUUUCUUAUAGCAAUAGUUUGGUGCCAAUACAAAAUCCAUCUUCCCCUUGGAGUCUUCCCCACCUCUCUUCCUUUUCCCCAAUCCAGUCUUUACAGAGUGUGAAAGCCCAGCUCUCCUUUUAAAGUUGGAUUUUCUCAGCUCUUGAAAAUGGCAGCCACGCAGUGAAGCUGAAUUCCAGCUUCUCUUAACAUCUGGGAGCAUGAAGAAAUCUAUCACUAGGACUUCUCAUGAAAAUUUAAAACAACAGGAAAAAACCUUCCAAAUAAUUGGUAAUAAGAUACUGCGCCAUUCUUUUGUUAGAGCUAUUUGAACACACUCUGAGCUUGACAGAGCACAAAUAUAACUGUAACCUAGUGACUCUUUGGCCUGAGCUCAAAGCUCAGUUUCCAUGGGACCAAGUUUCCUUUGUUGGGUGUAAAUGAGCAUGAAAUAUUAAUUUCCCCUUUAGCUUGAAGGAUAGGUACUGAUAUCAGUUCUGCCCCCUCCUCUUCCUUGUACAAUGAUCUGCAUAGUCUGCAGUAGUCAAGGAAACCUUUCAUUCAAACUCAAAAGUCACUGAUGGCAACUUCAGACAUGCCUUUUGAAGCUGAAUUUUUUGUUACCUCUGGGCCUCAGAAUCACACAUAUAUCCUAUCCAAAAUGCAAUUUUUGGCAAUAUGACAGAAUAAGGUGCCACUUGGGUACAAUACCUUCUAUUAUUAUGUCAGUUGUGACUUUGUAGAGACAGUUUCAAGCACAACCUAUAAGACUCUUUGAGAGGCAAGACUAUAAAGUGGUGUAAAAAUAAAAAGAAUAACCAUACCUGCCAUUUCAGAGGCUGAACAGUGUAUAUCUGAAAGCCAUCCUAUAUGUUGUGCAGAAUGUGUUGACCCAAGACUGGUCUGGACUGUAUCAACUCAGAUUGAGGUGGGUGGGUGGGUCAUAAUUUUAAAUGCUUUUCCAUAUAAAGAUAUCUUUGCAAGUAGUAAGUUAGUGCACAAGGGAGUGGUUAUGCUAAAAUUUUCCUUCUGGUGUGCCAGUUUUCUAUCAAUCAAUCUAUGUGAGAGAGCACUGAAAAAUCUGUCCCACCCCAAUUACAAUCUGAAUUGGUAUUGUUUGGAAUUCUGCUACCUCAGUUUACCAUCUUAUUUUCUUUAAUGUGUGGUUUUUAAGCUGCCCUGGCUAUUAUUGAAUUAUUCUUAUUACAUAUAUUUCUGUACCACUUCUCCACAGACAAGUUCUCAGAGUCGUUUAUGCCACAAAAGGUAUGAAAAAAUUGUUCCUUGUCCAAGUGGGGCUCACAAUCUAAAUAGAAACAAAAAGGAAGCACCAGCAACAGCCACUGGAGGGACGUUAUGCUGGGGCUGAUUAGGGAGAGUUCUCUCUCAACUAAAUAUAAGAGAGCUACCACUUGCAGAGGUGAAUGUUUUUAGGUGUCCACUCAUAAACUUCAGUGAAAAUAUACUUAUGUGGAUAAAAGGGCUUAAUUCAAUGUUACUUAUUCAAGUGCAGUUCAGAUCGUAGUCACCAAGCGCUGUUAAUAUAAGAUCUCAUCAGUAACAUGCCCAAAAUUAUUUGAAGAAUUCUUUUAGCUUGAAAUGUAACCAGUUUCUAAUUUAAGUUGCCACAAGACACUUAAACUAAACUUCCGAGUGGGGUGGAAAGACAUUUCAUGUUAGAGAUCUCUACAGUAUAAAAAGACGAGAAUGGAUAUGUUCAUCACUCUAAAUUGCCUGGCUGUAUGAAAAUUAUCUGAUUUUAUAUCACCACCUAGUGGCAUAGCAAACAAACCAAGACUGACUAAUAGCUUUACUAUUUGUGGAUUUUCAAAUAUAGAUGUGUUCAGCUUACAUUCAGCAGAGCUAUUUUUUUCCUUAUUCCAUCCUGGAACCUACUUGGUAAGAGGUCUCUAUAUUAAAAAUUACUUAAUUUCACCAAAGUUGCAUUGCUGCUACAAGUACAAAAUAAAGCUGUUCCUGUCCCGUUCCCUGUGACUUCACAAGUUACAUCUACAAUUUCUUUACUAACCAUUAGUUGAAUGUAUACUUGUUAUUCACCUGCCUAAAAUCUUACUUUAAAAGUGAUAAUCUGGUCCCAUUUAGUGCAUUGAAGGAGCUUUGGUUGACAUAAGUGGGCUUAGAGACAAACAUUUAGGAAUCCUUCUGAAUAUAUUGUCAUUGGGAAGAGCAGUUUGAGAACAAGGCUGUUAGUCCUAAAAUGAAGCUAAAUGUAAUGGGGUCUCAUCUCAUCCUUGACAUCCUUUUCAUCCCCUUUCAUAGAUCUUUCUCAGGCACUUCCCAGAAUAUUUUACUAUCAGCUCUGUAAUUUCAAGGAGACUCGGUAAGCACAGAUAUAAAAAUGAUCUCCCAGAUGAAUGUAAGAAGCAAAACUGAUGAGCUUCUAUAGAAAGAUCAAACAGUCUGCUUUUUCGACUUGAUGGGCCUGAGAACGCAGUCCUAUAUAUAAUUACACUUCCAGCUUUCCAUAUUUGUUUCCAAAGAUUUAGUGGACUAGAGCCAAACAUUUUUUAUUUUUUUUUGCCAUCUCCAAUCUCAUGAUUUACACAUGGUUGUUCAUUUCAGCUGCAUUUGGGUUUGGUGUGUAGGCAGACUGAGGGCAGAGACAUGUACUUAUUUCCAGUGCUCCAUCUUAACAUAGAGGAGCACAUGCUAGAGGUUCCAGGUGUGCCUUGGGAACUUACACUUCUCAAAAAACCCUUUUGGGGUGGGUAAAAAACCAUUGUUUCUAAAAGUGAGUAGUGGGUUUUGUAUUUUCUUCAACAAAAAGGGAGUGUUGUUUUGGUAUCACACUGAUUGCUACUCCCUGUUAAUCUCCCACAGUCUGUAUUGUUGAGGAUAUUUGAAAAUUUGUUCUGUAUUGGGAAAAAAUCACAAGUAAAAACUAGAGAAAUUUGAAACA